GAGAUCAAUUAUCGGCCGACACGCCGAACAUAUCGGGAUAUACUUAGUGUCUGGACCACUUGUUGCCGUGUAAGUCACGACAUCGGAAGAUGUAUUGAAAUAUCAACCUGGGUACAUAACUGGAAGUCGUAGUUCUGCUAUUACUAAGAACCCCUACCCCCUUUUUUUAUUUUCCUUGGUGACUAUCAACACAACUCACUCGUCUCACUCUUCAGGAUUUAGUAGAAACUAGGAUAGGGGCAUACACAACAUACACACCAUGGCACCAGGCAAAAGACCUAACUUCCUCAUUGCUCUAGCUGACGACCUCGGCUUCUCUGAUGUCGGAUCGUUCGGUGGCGAAAUCAACACACCCAAUGUUGACAAGAUCGCUAAGAAUGGUGUACGGUUCACAGACUUCCAUGCUGCUGCGGCAUGUUCGCCCUCCCGGGCCAUGAUAAUGACUGGUACCGAUCAUCACAUUGCUGGCCUGGGAAACUUGGUUGAAUGGACUAAUAUAUCCGGUCAGAAUGACCCGAAUGGAACAAUGUCGACGUCCGUCCAGCGUGGCAUGCCUGGAUAUGAAGGGUAUUUAAAUGAACGGGUUGUAGCUCUUCCCGAGCUACUACGCGACGCAGGCUACCUGACCCUCAUGGCCGGAAAGUGGCAUCUGGGGUUAACGCCCGAGCGAAGCCCAAAGGCACGCGGGUUCGAGAAGAGCUUUGCGCAUCUGCCGGCAUGCAGCAACCACUACGGGUACGAGCCGCAGCUCGAGGGCACCGACCAGAUCCCCGAGUUCAUGACGAUGAGCUUUAUCGCCCUGCACAGCGAAGACGGCGAGUACGUGAAGAAGCUCCCCGAGGGCUGGUACUCGUCCAACGGGUACGGCGACAAGAUGCUGCAGUACCUGAAGGACUGGAAGGAGAGCGAAGACGAGCGCCCCUUCUUCGCCUACUUGCCGUUCACAGCCCCGCAUUGGCCGUUGCAGGCGCCGCAGGAAUACAUCAAGAAGUACCGCGGCGUAUAUGACGAUGGCCCCGAUGUCCUACGUGAGAAGCGUCUCCAGCGCCUUAAGGACCUCGGCAUGGUGCCGCAGGACGUGGAACCGCAUCCCGUCGUGGCCGAGGAGGUGAAAGACUGGAAAGACAUGAGCGCGGAAGAGCGAGCGAAUUCGUCUCGCGCGAUGGAAUGCUUUGCGGGCAUGGUCGAAGCGAUCGACGCCAACGUGGGGAAAGUCGUCGACUAUCUCGAGGAAAUCGGCGAACUGGACAACACGUUCGUCUGCUUCCUCUCGGACAACGGCGCCGAGGGUGCCGCCUACGAAGCCUACCCCAUCGUCCAGAGCACCAUGCUCCAGCACCUGACGAAGUACUACAACAACCAGAUCGACAACCUUGGGAACGGCGACUCGUUUAUAUGGUAUGGACCGAGAUGGGCGCAGGCCGCCACCGCGCCGAGCAGAUUGUACAAGGCCUACACGACGGAAGGUGGCGUCCGCGUCCCAUACAUGAUGAAGCCGCCCGCUAGCUUCAGCGGCCAAUUCGAGCCUGGCAGCAUAACGCACCAAUUUGCCACAGUCAUGGAUCUCGCGCCCACGAUCCUCGACAUGGCUGGCGUUCAGCACCCCGCACCGACAUAUCAGGGCCGCGAAGUCGUCUCCAUGCGAGGCAAAUCCAUGGUCCCGUACCUACAAAAGAAAUCGGCCACCAUCCACGAAAAGGAGUUCAUCAACGGGUGGGAGACGUGCGGGCGGGCGGCGUGUCGCAAGGGUGACUGGAAGAUCGUGUUCAUCCCCAAGCCGAAGGGCCCAGAGAAGUGGCAGCUGUAUAACCUUGCGAAAGACCCCGGCGAGGUCCACGACCUGGCGGAGCAGGAGCCGGAGAGGCUGAAGGAGCUGAUCAAGCUGUGGGAUCAGUACGUCCUGGAGACGGGCGUGAUACCGCUCUCGCCCGAGUUGGGGAACUGGAUUGCGGCGAUGGAGGAGCAGAUGCCGGAGAAUGCGUGGAUCGAGUACGAGUAUUGGAAGGAUGGGGCGAGGGAUGAUCCAAAGAAGUUCACGAAGAAGAUUCCGAGGUUUCAGAGGCAGGUUAGGGCUAUUUGAGUAGUUGUGAGAAAUAAAUUUCUCGAUCUAUUGAACACCUACAGUAUGUAUGUAACGAGAUAGGUCAAUUACUCCGGUCAGGAUUUC